AUGAGUAUUAAAGGCUUCGACGGCGUUAGAGAGGUGUCCAUCCUGGGAAGUCCAUUCCAACUCUUGAUUGAACCGUCAACAAGUCAAGCAAAUAAUACACUUGCAGAUGGGGAAGGAUUAAUACACUCAACAGCUGGGAUACUAACCACGUUUGUUGUACAAGCAAGAGACAAGUUUGGAAACUUUCGAAAUAGAGGAGGAGAUCACGUCGAAGUUUACGCUAUGACAAAUGAUUUUCAAUAUAAUGCUACGGUAAUUGAUUGCAUGGACGGAAGUUACAACGUGUCGUACAUCCUGACGAGAACGAUGUCUAUCUUUGAUCCAACUGACCUCGGAAAUGGUAAGUACCGAGUAUCUUUCAUAGCAAGUGAAAUUCAAAGGUACAGUAUUUGGAUUAUGCAAAACGGCAUCCACAUUCAUGGAAGAAGUCCUUACACAGUUACAGUAGUUCCAACAAUCUUCAGCGCAGAAAAUUCAGAGGUAAUUGGUGAUGGUUUGAGCAUUUCCACCUCUGGUGUCCUCGCUACUUUUAUAGUGAGGUCGCGCGAUACCUUUGGAAACCUUCGAUCCAAGGGAGGUGAGUCGUUAAGAAUUUUGCUAAUAGGAACACAGACUUUGAAAAUCUCCUAUACUGAUAAUUUGGAUGGACAGUAUAAUGCCUCCUACGUCCCUAUAUUAGCUGGUGAUUACUUGAUUUAUAUC